GAAAAUCUGCAAGAAGAUCAAAAGAUAAGAGCUUUUAUCAAAAAUUAUGUACAAAAAAAUAGAAUCAAACCCUCGGCUACCGAGGGAAUUGCAAGUAUAUAUAUUAAAAAAAGACUCGAUCUAAUCCAAGUCAUAAUAUAUAUGGGAUUUCCAAAAAUAUUUAUGGAAAAUAGCCCACAGGGAGUUGAAGAAUUACAAAAAGCUCUACAAAAAAAAUUAAAUUUUGUAAACCGAAAACUGAAUAUUGCUAUCACAAAAAUUGAAAAACCGUAUGGAAAUCCUAAUAUUCUUGCCGAAUUUAUAGCUGGACAAUUAAAGAAUAGAGUUUCCUUUCGAAAAGCAAUGAAAAAAGCUAUUGAAUUAGCUGAACAAGCAGAUACAAAAGGAAUUCAAGUACAAAUUGCGGGACGCCUUGACGGAAAGGAAAUUGCACGUGUGGAAUGGAUAAGAGAAGGAAGAGUUCCCCGACAAAACUAUUCAAGCUAAAAUGGAUUAUUGUUGUUAUUCAGUUCGAACUAUCUACGGGGUUUUAGGCAUAAAAAUUUGGAUAUUUUUUGAUGAAGCUCAAUAAAAUUUUAUUCAUUCUUUUUACCUGUAAUACCAAGCGGCCCAUUUCACAA